AUGGAAGAAUCCAUUCAGAAUGCAUGGAAAUUGAAGAGUCGACAGCUUCAACAAGCCAAGGAGAAACCGGAAGAGGCCGCAGUGCCGCCACCGCCAGCACUAGUAGAGCCUCCACUGACAGAAUUGGCUCCCGAAGAGGAGGAAGAGGAGGAUGUGGGCGAGAACGGUGGCGAGGCGCAUUCCAUAUUCCAGGGCAGCGUGUCUUUGGAGGAUCAACGACGAAUAGAGGAGUUUAGCCUAUAUGAUCCGAGAGAUGGCAAGCUGCGUGACCUGACCUUUGACGAUCAGGUGGCACGGAGAAAGAAGCUCACAGAGGAGUGGGCUAAGAUCGUGCAAGAAGAGAAGGCGGAGAUGAAGAAGAAUCCUCGCAAGGCUUUUGCCGUCCAAGCACCAAACCUUGAGGACGCAUUCUACCUCAUCGCAGCCGCUUACGACCUCAACGGCAAUGGCUUGUUGGACGACUACGAAGUUUUGACUGUCCUGGAUCGCUGCAAGCUGCUGGACUCGAAGCUCACGGCCACCAAGAUCAAGUCAUUCUUUCGAACUUGGGCUGUAGGCUGCAACAAGAUCAUCGGAGAAAACCUCAACGCAGAGGACAUUGAAGACGGCAUUGGAUACGAAGAGUUCACAUCGUUGCUGCAUUGGAUCGCAGACAUGAAGGGCAUUCCUUUGGCCCGCUGUCGAGCACGAGUAAUCCGCCUGUCGCACAAGAUGGUGGUGGACUCAAGGAGUUCGGUGAAGCGCAGGCUUGCUCUACUGUUCGAUGGGUUCUGCAAAAGAGAAGCAGAAUGGAUGAGCCCGCACGAGUUCACCAACUUGUGCCAUACCACGAAUCUCUACAAGCAGGGCGUGUUCUCAGCAGGGGACGCAUUCAAGAUCUUCUACCAGACGCCGGGGCUCGAGAAUCAGCGCAUGGAUUUCGCCGGGUUCAUGCAUGCGAUCCAGCAAGUCGGUGAGAUGUUUGGCAAAAGUGAGGCCCAAUCUGCGGAGAUGUUUGCAGCUGCAGUUGGUCGCAUGGACACUGACGAGGAGACUGUCCGGCGAAUCAAGCUUCGCAUCAAGCACGCAGCAUCCGUUCAUGGUGAGAACGGUUGGCGUGAGUUCUUCCACGAGUGCGACCAGGAUCAAUCGGGCUACAUGGACAUUGAUGAGUUCCUUGACAUGUGCCGCCACAAGCUUCACCUCGACGACCGAAAAAGCCAUUUGCAGCUUCUCUUCGAGCGGCUGGACGAGGAUGACUCAGGAGAGCUCUCUAUCGACGAGAUGAUCGCGUUCAUGGAGAGGUAG